AUGGCAAGACUGAAUACGACUCAGCCAAAUGUGCUUGGAUCCACCCGGCGAACCCCAAGAGGGACUCCGUUGACGGCUGGGACUACGGGACGUGAACGAGACGGAGCGACGCGGAAGGAGAAACGUAUUGGAGAGAAGAAAGAUGGCAUGAAUCAGGUAAAUUUGAUGAAGUCCGAGCGGAGAUCACAGCAAGGGUGGAAAACAGGUCUGGGUCGGAAUAAUUGUGGCAUACCAGGGUUCGAUAUCUUUGUUGAUGAGGAUUCUAUGGGCGAUACCAAUGAAAAUGACACGCCGGGACACGACUGCAACGUUGAUGUCCAUAGGGAUAGACACAAGAGAACAACCCCUGUGAGCCGGAAGCAUCCCCUGAAAACAGCAGAGGGUAAUGUUUCAGGGCCACGCUCCUUGUCGCGGGCGCGGCAGAGGCGGCAUAGAAGGACUACGAGAGGCGAUUUUGACAAGGAGAAUGAUCUAGUGGAGGAUGCGAUGGACGAUUAUGCGACAUAUCCGACAGAAGCCAGAGACAUUUCAAGGACGUCGCCGCGGCGGUCACCGACGAGAAGAAGAGUUGGGGAGACGCCGGAACGAGACAGGAACGGCCGAGCUGAAACCAGUGACGAAGAUGAAAGGGGAAAGGUGGAAGAAGAAGGGGAUAAAAAAGAAGACCGUGAAGAGGAAGAGGAAAAACAAGAAAGUUCACACGACAACAGUUUUGAUUCCCUUGAUGGUUUCAUUGUCAGUGACAAUGAAGAGAUCAGUUACUACGACACAUCCGAUGCUGAGACAGAAUAUCAAAAGAUCCAAGAAACACCAUCACCAUCACCGCCACUGCCACCUCUAUCUUCCAAAACCCUGACAGCAAAGAGGAGGCUGCUUAGAGGGAGACGGCCUGCCCCGAAGGCAGAAGAACCUAGGGAAUCUCUGGACGACACUCCAUCCAAGCAAGACACCCUCCGUCUGGAACACACUGUGCCGGAUGCCGUCAAAUUACACCGCUUAACACUUAGUCAAAGAGCCAAAGAAACUAUUCAUGAUGAUCUGAAAAUUGCAGAGAAGUUCUACAACCUGAACCUGGGCGAAGACAAUGAUCCUUCCUCCCAGCUAGAAAUGGACAUACCUAAGACUGUUGCGACACCCAACCUAGAAACCACCAAACCCAAGUUUGAACGAGAAACGAGGAAGACACCGCCGUCUACUCCAUCUCAAGGUCGUAUCCGAUCACCGACGAAGCAAAAGGUCUGGAUACCGGCCACUCCCCACCGCGAGAGUACGGACGAUUUCUGGAGCCAAGAGAUAAUAAACGACUGGAUCGAUCAACACUCUCCGCAGAAGGAGCUCCCUCCCCCGCGGGCAGUAGAGGAGCUUCAGUGUGAUUUCAGCGACCUGGGAGAGGAGCAGAGAAACGGUGGCAAAAGUAGCAACGACGAUAAUAGUCUAGAAAACAACAUGGGGGUAGACAGCCACAGAAAAGCACCAAAAUCGCCGAGCAAAACGGCUCUAAGGAGAGCCGAAGCAGAACGAAGAAGGGAAUCACGGGCACGAAAGAAGUCAUUCGAUGACGAGAAAGCUGCCAUGGCGGAGAACUUCCUCAAAGUGCUAGAUGAUGCUGUCUCAGGCGGCCAAGUCCAAAAACUAGCAGCAACAACGGGAGGCGUGCGGAUUGUCUGGCUCCCAACUUUGAAAUCAACGGCUGGAAGGGCGAGAUGGAGACGAGUAAACCCGGCAUCGCCGACUGAACCAAUGGGACAUCACGCUGCCAUCGAGCUGGCGGAGCAUGUCAUUGACGACGAAGAUCGUCUGAUCAACACCAUGGCACACGAGUACUGCCAUCUCGCCAAUUACAUGAUCUCGGAAAACUUUGGUGAGCGUGCGCAUGGAAAGGGGUUUAAGAAAUGGGGAUCCGAUUGCGAGAAGGCGCUUCAGGACCAUCCCAUUUACGGCGGGAGGAUCAACGUGACAACGAAGCAUAACUACCAGAUCAAUUACAAAUACGUGUGGUCUUGUACGGACUGCAGCAGUCUAUACCAGCGUCAUUCGAAGAGCAUUAAUCCAACCGUCGUCGCCUGCGGGAGGUGUCACGGAUAUCUACAGCAGAUCAAGCCCAAACCAAGAAAACAGGCCACGCGGAGCCCGGUCAAAGGUGUUCACGAACGGGCUGAGCGUGCUGGCGCUGCUUGCGCAAAGGAUGUUGAUAAUGUUGCCAAAGUUUUUGAAGACGUCUCUCUGAGCUGA